CUUCCCUCUCCCGCUAUAUAGCCCUGCCCAGACGUGGUGUGUCUGUCAUCUCGCUUCAUUACCAGUAGCUCGGAAUCGGAGGCUUGCGAUCGAGUAGGUGAUCCUGCUACAUAAUUAUAACCUAUUGUUGACGGAGGAGCCGAUGUCAAUUGCCGCGGCCGUCACCGGAACCGCCACCGCGGCGGUGCACGCGCCCGUGCACCACGCGCCACACCACGCCUCUACGCAGCGCACGGCGCCGCGGCGCGAGCAGUCGCCGCUCAACCCGAGCUCGCAGGCGCUGCGCGCGGCCGGGUCCGGGGCCUCGCCGCCCGCGGAUGGCGUGAGGACGCACAUCGCCAACCUUGACCGCGUGCUCGGGAAGCCGCCGAGGACGCCGAGCCAGGCGGGGCCGCCCAGCAGCAAGCAGGAGCAGGAGAGCGAGCAGGAGCCGCUCAACAUCCGGCACGGCCUGCUCAACGCGCUCAACCUCUCCUUCUUCGUGCCCAUGCCGGGGAUGCGGGCGCGCAUGGCCGCGGACGAGCACAUGUCGCCGCGCAGCCUCAUGCACAUGCAGCAGCUCCUCUCGGCCGACUCCCCGCGCGCGUCCCCGAGGAGCACCAUCGGCCCCCGGUGGCGCGCCCUCCACGGGGAGGGCGGGUGGGCCGGACUCCUCGACCCGCUCGACUCCGACCUCCGCCGCGAGCUCCUCCGCUACGGCGACUUCGUGCAGGCGGCCUACCAGGCCUUCCACUCGCUGCCCACCGCGGCGGCGAGGCACCGUGGCCUCAUGCUCCCGGACCGCUCCUACCGCCCCACGCGCAGCCUCUUCGCCACCUCCGCGCUCUCCAUGCCGCCGUGGGCCAAGCGCCCCAACACCCCCGAGUGGCUCACGCAGCAGUCCAACUGGAUCGGCUACGUCGCCGUGUGCGAGUCCGAGCGGGAGGUCGCCCGCAUGGGCCGCCGGGACAUCGCCAUCGUGCUGCGCGGGACGGCCACCUGCCUCGAGUGGGCCGAGAACCUGCGCGCCUCGCUCGUGCCCCUCGACGGCGAGGCCGGCGAGGGCAAGCAAGCCGGACCUGAGGAUCCCAAGGUGGCGCGCGGAUUCCGGAGCCUCUACAAGACGGCCGGGGAAGAGGUGAAGAGCCUCUCGGAGGACGUCAUGGACGAGGUGAGACGCCUCAUGGAGAAGUACAAGGGCGAGGAGCUGAGCAUCACGAUCGUCGGGCACAGCCUCGGCGGCGCGCUGGCGCUCCUGGUGGCCGACGAGAUCGCCACCACCGUCCCCGACGCGCCGCCGGUCGCCGUGGUCUCCUUCGGCGGCCCGAAGGUGGGCAACGCCGCGUUCGUGGAUAAGCUCAAGCAGAGCGGCAAGGUCAACGUCCUCCGGAUCGUCAACGCCGGCGACAUGGUGACCAAGGUGCCCGGGGUGGCGCCGCGGCUGCCGCUGAGCAAGGAGCAGUACCAGCACGUGGGCGCGGAGCUGCGCAUCGACAGCAAGAACUCGCCGUGCCUGCGCCCCGACGUGGGCCCGGCGAGCCGGCACGACCUGGAGGCGUACCUGCACCUCAUCGACGGGUUCACCGCGACGGGGCACCCGUUCCGGUACGACGCGCGGCGCAGCGUGAUACGCCUGCUGCAGCUGCAGAAGGGGAACGUGAAGAAGGAGUACGUGAACCGCGCCCGGGAGCUCGGCGUCGACCCCGCCGCGCCGGCGGACGUCGGCCGGAGCAUGGCGUACGGCAACUGCGCCGUCGCGAGCCCGUCAUGACCAAAUCGCGGAGUAAAUUAGUUUUGUACUGUAGAAACAAACAAUUCUUUCGUUAGUCGGCAGGGUGUCGGUUCCAGGAAAAUAUCUCGUUUCCAUCUUCUCGUUUUCGUUUCGAUGCAUGUACAGGAAAAUCAUGUAUGUGUGCGUGACAUAAUUGAUCAGGCGAAGGCUCGAGUGUUUUGACCA